AUGCCAAGGAGUGUUAAGAGGGUUUCCUUUGUCCUUGAAGAGGAGGCGACGGUCGGCGAGCGAAUCCCGCUGCUUGCCCGCGCCGAUGCGGAUGAAUCGAUCACGAAGGGCAUGGAGGGCGGCGGCGGCGGGGGCGGCGGCAACGGCGGCGGCGCGUUUUCGCGGCAUCAUCAUCAUGAAGAGGAGGAGAAGCAGGACAGCGUCGUUGUCCUAGAGCAGCUGCCGGCCCUGCUCGUGCGCUCCUGCACCGUGUUCACGGCGGCGGGGUGCUGCUCACUCCUGAUUGGCACGCUGAAGAACGGACUCGAAAAGAGCUUGAGCGUGAUGUGGUGCAUGAUCCCCGCGGUGCUAGCGUCCGUGUGGUUCGUGUUCGAGCUGAUCCGGUCCCUGCUGCGGGUGCGGCGGGUCAUGCUCCGCGAGGAGGCGCAGCGGAUGCUCUCGGUCAGGAGGAUGCGCCGGCAGCUGCGCCGGAGGAGCGCCCGGGCGAGCCUGCAGCGGCAGAGAGAGGAGGAGGCGGCGGAGCGGGACAUGGAUGUUGCCGCCGCCGGGGGCGGUGGCACGACGGACAGCUCCGCUCGUGUCCGGCGGUGGUCGGCGUUGGUCAGGCCGCCGUCAUCGCGGACCCGACGCCACUUGUCGCGCGGCGAGACUCCGCCCGGCGGCGCCGCCCCCGCCGCGGAUGUCUGCCUGGGCGCCGGCAGGGACGAAGUCGAGGAGGCGGACGAGUUCGAAGGCUGGUGGAGUAGCAGCGGCAGCGGUAUCGUUAGGCGGGGAGGUGUCGACAAUGGCGGCGGCGGCGGCGGCGGCGGAUUCGACGAAGAUGACGUUUUGCGGCUUUCCCCCACGCAGCGGACCCUGGCCCUCGGGCUGCCACCGGUCGGGACCGCUUCUCCCGAUGCUUAUACGAGCGAAGAACGAAAAAGAUAUCAUGAGCCGAGGGCGGCGGCGGGGGCGACCCCCUCCAAAACCUCGUCUUACGAUGACGGCGACAACGAAGACGACAUUGAAGCAGCCUCCGCCGCCGCACGUUCUUCUCCUCCCACCCCGGGACUCAAGUGGCCGAAGGCGCCGCCGGCAACAACGUCCUCGGGCGGCGGCGAGGGCGAAGGCGACAGCCACCGCUCCGCGCAAAGGGCGGUGCGGGUGAGCGUCCUGCUGCAGGCGUGGCUGCGGCUUUGGCUCACCAUGGCGGCGUUCGGGGUGACCCUGUCCGUUUUCAUGAUCCUCCUCUCGCUGCGUCUGUUGGGGGUCUCGUCGCACCACCUCACGGCCUUCUGGAUCGCGAGCCCGGGCCUGCUGGCCCUGACGCUCCUCGCCCUCCACUCGCUGGUGAUCCUGGACGGAAGCGGCGGGUACGGCGGGGCACCCGUGCUGCGGGUCGGCGGCAACAGGCUGGUGGUUGUGCUCGGGCGCAGGCCGGUCAUCCUCCUGACGCUGCUAGCCGCCGUGCUCGUGGUCCUGAAGAUCGACAGCGUCGCCGGGGGCUCGGGGGCGGUGAUGGAGGCCAUAGAGAAGGUGCACUGGGGCUACGUCUUCCUGCCGCUGUGGGUGAUCGUCUGCAUGCUCGAGACCGUCUACCUGGGGGCCCUGUGGGAGAACUACACGCGCAGGAGCCUGACCUUCCCGGGCCUCUUCGGGGGCGUGCGCGACCUCCGCGGGCUCGGCGGCGUCGGGUACUGGUUCUGCUGUUGCUUGGGGGGGAGGAGGGGUUACGCGGGCGACGGAGGAGAGAACGGGGGAUGCCACUGGCAGUGGCGUCGGACAUGGUGGAGCGGCGAGAAGUACGGUGAUGGCGACUCUGAGGAUCCACUUGUCAGCGAUGACGACGAGUAUGAAGGAAAGCAGCAGCAGCAGCAGCAGCAGCAGCAGCAGCAGGUUGCCGGGGGGGGAACAAGCGGAAAGUUUGGUGGGUUUGGGCGGGAGUCGCCGCCCACCGACGCCGAGGCGUACGUGUCGUGCUCGAGCCCCGUCCGGCGGAGGGUGGAACUGACCCCUAGCCAGCGAGCGGCCGCGAUAACGAUCUCCGCAGGGGCCAUCCUUCUCACCGCCUGCCUCGUGUCCCUCAUCGUCGGGUCCAACGACGAGCAAGCCGACUGGGGGGUGCCCCUGACCAUGGUCACGGCAACGACCGGGUUCGGCAUGGUGUUGCUCGAGCUGCAGGCGCUGCCCUCGCCCAAGCUCGAGAAGCUUGACGGUUCAGAGCUUGAGGAUCCGACUUUCUCGAAAGAAGAGAAAGAAGUUGGAAUCCCACCCACGCUGAACAUGUUCCCUGUUGGUUACCCUACAGAGUUGAGAGGGGACAGAGGGUUGCGAAAAAGACGAGCACCUGUGAAGAGGUGGUAG